AUGAAACAGGAACUGGAGGAGUUGGAAAGAAAACAACGUCGUCGAAUGGCUGCUCUUCAAAAAGCUGAAGAGGAGCAGCGACUAAGGGAGGUGGCGGAACGUGAAGAACAGCUAGCAAGGGAACGCCAAGCGCGUCAGGAGCAAGAGAGGUUAGUUUAUUAAUUUGUGCGUACAUUGCUACUUUUGUUAAGUACGUAGUAUUAAUUAAAGACUAUAGCUAACCUCAUGCGUUACGUGCCUCGCGUCACCGCCGCCGCCGCCGCCGCCGCCGCCGGGAUAUUGAGUCCAGCCAUGCAUGAAAGAAGACUCAUUGAGCUUCUGUGUUCGAUAGCAAUAAAAUAAGUAUAAGUUAACUUGUAAGAGUGGGACUGGUUCGUUUCCAAGACACCACCAAAUGACCAUAUUUCCGAGCGUUGGAAGCACAUUCUCCAAGUAACUUUCGAAAGACAACUGUGAUUGCGACAAAUCUGAGAAGCGCCUACGGUCGUUGUGCGCUUAUCCGAGCUUUUCCCUGGUAACUGAAAUAAAUGCCAUUGUUGAAUGCCUCUAGUAAGUAGUUUACGCUUGGCGGAGAUGCAAACGUUGAUAAGGAAGUAGUGUAAGCAUCUAACCAACUCCUACAGCCGAUUCUAUAACAAACUCAGUUAGGACCGCAUGCACUACACAAAACUGGAAAUCCAGAGUGAGCCCUGGUUCAUCAUAGACCAACAUAAAUCAGUUUUUUGUCGCCAACUGCGUUAGCUUAAGUUGACCCAGGUAAAAUUUUACAUAUUCGAAAAAUGCAUAUGAAGAAUACGCCUGAGAAAGCGAGCUCAGAAUACUAAUAGUGAGUGGCAAUUUCAGAUGUCGUUUAAACUAGCUCCAAUUUAUUGUUUUAGACAUGAGACUAGGAUCGCUUAUUCAGAUGCGGACAGCAGUUCCAUUUUACAAAGUAUGUGCCCCUGUUUAAAACUGCCAUAUCCUUUACGACCGACUUAAGGCUAGGUGCGAUCACAUUUCCUGCCACCGAUCGACACUACUUUAUUCAUGCUUACUGGACUGUUCCGAUUGGAUUAAAUGUCCAGGAUUAUCUCCUUCUGCCACAGCCGACGAAUGUAUCUAAUCGAGUCGGACAACAGAUACCGAGAAGCAACUUUUAAAACAGCGUGUUUACCUGCCUGAUGUCAAAAAUGGCUGCUAUUAGUGAUUACGAAACAAAUGAAGUCUGGAGCUGCCUUUGGCAAUAACGAUAAAUGAAAUAGUUACAUAGCAGCCGCUCUAGUUUAUGCUUUAGGGAGAGAUAAAGUAGGUGCACUAACUCAUGAAAUGUUAACCGAAAUUCAGAAAUGCAUUUAUGUUUUAAAAAGAUUGGGUAAGCCGGAUUGUAAAAAUAAUCAAAUUGCAGCGCAAUUGUAUAAUAAUUCAGUUAGCCCUGGAAGCCGGCUUUCGAAAGAACUUCUUUCGGACCGCGUGUAAAAAGGCGCACUGUGAAGAAUGAUUGCAUAACUAGCAUUAGUUUAUCUCAUUGAUUUUUAUGGCCUUGAAAAUUCAGCUAAUUUUCAUAGAAAAUUACAUAAAAAUAUUCAUUAUUUUACUCAUUUGGUGGAAAGUGACGUCUUCUUCCAAUUUGGUCCUCGAAGGAAGGGUAUAAUUAGGUUUUAAAAAAGUUUCCAACUGUGAGAUUUCGUAAUACCGUGAAGUGGCCGUUCGUCGAACAUCUUUUCCCCGCCCUUACUAGUGUGGUUCAAAUCCACUGCUAGAUUUCAUGAGCCCCAUGUAGUCUCCUCUUAAUAAUGUAGAGAAAUGUAUGAUAUUCCUUGCGUAGAAAAUAUACGGCUUGUAGUUUGGAAGGCCUGAAUGCAAGUGUAACGGCAGGUCGUGUACAAAACUAUUCGAGAUUUGGAAAAGUUUUUGAAAACCGAGUUAUGUUCUUCCUCUAAGUAUAAUACUUGAAGAAGAAGAAAAAGUGAGCUUCUUCUAAGUAAGUAAAAUAAUAAAUAUUUCUAUGCAUGUUUUCCAUGAAAUAUAAUUGAAUAUCUAAAGGCAUCGAAUAUCAAUGAGAAAAGUUCAUGCUAAUUACGUAGUUAUUUCUUUACAGAGUGUGAUUUUCGCAUGCGGUCGGAAAGAAAUUCAAUAGAAAGCCGGCAUCUCGGGAUGACUGAAUUAUUAUAUAAUUAUGCUGCACGAUGUUUAACUUUGAAUACCUACUUAAGUAGUCUUUUCGGAAUGAAAACGCAUUUCCCAAUUUCGGUUAACAUUUCAUGAGUUAGCACACCUACUGUAUUCUGGGACCUCGGAGAUGACGAAGUAUAGCUGACGUCUUUUACUUUGUCGUAAAUUCCAUUAGACCGGUUUUAACGUAAGAAGGAUGGUAAUCUGUUGUACAAGGUCAUUAUGGAAGGGAAUUUUGCCUAUUUGCUCCUUCUAGGCGUUGCUUCACUUCUAAAAAUAAGUCAAACCUUAGGUCUCACUAAAUACUUUGCUGACAGUAAUGCAAACUUACUUGAUGCGUACGUUUUGCAGACGAAUGUGGACGUGAUAGUCGAACCGUCUCAGACGAGGCAAAGAGGUAAAUGCGGCCUUGACUUGCGCGUGAGCUUGUUAACAGUGAAGCAGACUCGCACCGCACCUAUCUCACUCUCCCUUCCAACACCCGCAGCAUUCCGACAGCAUGACAAUAUUAGGACGACUGGAUGUAGACGUGGGCGCGGUGGCUAACAAUGCUUUUAGUCCGUCUGCGUGUGCCGCACGUUACCUGGUUCCCAAAUUCACGCGUACAAGGCUCCAUUCAGUGUGUCUGGAAUAUCUCAGAAGCGAAGGUGUUAUAAGGUCGUUCGUUAUUACCAACAAAGAUAAGGGAGACUGGAAUGGCCAUUUCUGGCUUAUUAGCCGUCGUCAGCCAGUCAUACCCAACCCCGAUGCGUGUAAAACCCGAGGCUGGGACUCGCGACCUGUUAGUUAGAAGUCCACACCUCUAAUCACUGGACCGCUAACCACUGUCGGUAAUAACAUACUGCCUAUAGCAUGCGUCGCUGUGCGGCUGCUGGUUGGGCUCGAGAGAGAGCCCGUAAGACACAACGGAAUGAGUGAGUUCCGUAAGAACCAUCGGUGAGCACCCCCUACCAUAGUGAAUUCCCGGUCGAAACCGACAGGGCAACGGGCUCGUUGCCCAAUGGUUAGAGGCGUAACAGUCUAGUUAACAGGUUGCGAUUUCGAGCCCUGGGUGUUCCACACUUCGGGGUUGGGUAUGACUGGCCGGAAAUGGCCAUUCCGGUCUCCGUUGUCUUUGUCAGCAAUAAAAUACUGCCUUUAUCAUGCUCCGCUGUGCGACUGAAGGUUGGGCUCGAGAGAGAGCCGUAAGGCACAACGGAACGAGUUUCGUAAGAACGAUCGGUGAGCGCCCCCUUGCAUUGUUCAUUCCCGAAAAAACGCCAGAUCGGAAGUCAAUGGACUACGCUUUCUCUUCCCUCUCUCAUACUCUAACGACCUGUCCGAUCCAAAUGUCAGAGAAAAAAUCGGAAGCAGUUGUUGCCCUGCCAUUAACUAAACUUCUAUCGCGUUUCCUACAGUGGUCUAAUCCUUUAGAAUUGAGAGAUGCCAUGAAGGCCACGCUGAGGAGGAGUUUUUGUGUUCUGAUCCUCAUUCCAACAUAGGUUCUAAUUAUCCCUUUAACUGACACUCUUCUAGGCCGCGACUUUUAACAUGUAUUUUCCACCAUAUUGAAUUUAUUGGAGCGAGGGCAGCGGGACACCCUAGGUCAUAAACCACGAUCGCUUUUUUUCGCCCAUGUAUAUACAUUUCCAAACCUGUCAGUCGACUGGUAGUGAUUUUCGGCUCAUUGCCUCGGGUUUCCUGCAAACUUUAUGGUUUCGUCUUAUUACUUCACUCGGAUAGAGCCUCGCUCAAUCAUGACGAAACGGAAUUAUCCCGCAUAUCGUUGUCUGUCAACGUCUGGGUCAUUUUAAGAAAUAGCUAGCUCAGUGCUGGGGACAAUAGGAUUACCACGCUAGACCACAACUCUUAACACACCGUUUUAGUUUCAAUCAUGUCGGAGUCAUUAUAAUGAGGGGUGCUCUAAUGUGCGCGCUAGAGCUGGAUUCUCCAAUUUCGGUCGCAUUCUCGUCCCUCUUCCGAACCUGAUGAUGAGAUGAGCCGCGGUGAGUGGCACAGUUUGAAGGCACAGGUCCAGGGUGUCACAGCCAUGUACGACAGUAGUUAAGCCCUCACGCAAACCCAUCACAGCCUGAGAAACUCGUGCCGUGAGCCAACGUGGACCCAAUUUAGGUUCAGCACGCCUUCAGGACAGUCCGUCAUAGGGCAUUCAGCACUGAAUUACCUUAAGUUCCCGGCCCAUUUAAUGGUCUGAUGCAUGCAACUUUUUGACGAGUGUUUUGCUCAGUUUUACCUAUCUAUCUGAGCUGCGUUUUCCACACGUCCAUUUCCACCCCCUCCAAGGAGAGCGCUGGAAUUGCAAGCUGAGUUGGACAGAGCGACCGCAGCGCUGGAGAAGGCGAAGAGGGACUUGGAGGAGGCUCGUGCUGAGUGGGCCAAAAUGAUGGCCGACAAGGAAGCGCAGCUGGAGGAAUCCAAACAGCGACUCAUCGACCUCGCCAACUCCACGGCCGGUGACCAGACUGCCCUCGACGCUGAACGCCAGCGUCUGCAGGACGACAUUCGACGUAUGCAGGCGGAGAUGGCGCAGCUGAUGCGUGAGUGGGAGGCAAAGGAGGCGGACUUGCUACGACAACGCGAUGAGGCUCUGAAGAAGCAGGUCGAAGUCAAGAAGGUUCUCACUAGGGAGAUUGGUGUGGGUGUUCGUAUGCUUAGUCUGUGA